AAACCACACAUCACUUUCUUUCCAUUUUCUUUUCAUUACCCUUUCAUUUUCAUCUCUAGCAUUCAUCUUCUUCCCCCAAAUCCUUGUUCGUUGGCCUUAGGGGCUUUGGAUUUGAUUGAUGCCUAUUGGGUUUGAUCAAUGAACCCAGCAGGAACCUAGCGACACGAUGCUUGUUGGGUUCGAUCGAUGAACCCAACGGCUCCUGUUGGGUUCAUCGAUCGAACCCAAGAGCGUCUAUUUGGUUCAUCGAUUGAACCUAACAAGAACCCAACAACGUCGUUGGGUUCGAUCGAUGAACCCAACAGGCACUCUUGGGUUCAUCAAACUCCUGGGUUCGAUCGAUGAACCCAGCAGUUGUCGCUAGGUUCAUUAAUCGAACCUAGGAGCGCCUGUUAGGUUCAUCGAUUGAACCUAGUAAGAACCCAGAAACGUCGUUGGGUUUGAUCGAUGAACCUAGCAGGCGCUCCUGGGUUCGAUCGAUGAAUCCAGCAGAUGCUGUUGGGUUCAUGCUUGGUUCAUCGAUCGAACCCAACAAGCACUGUUAGGUAGUGUUCAUUUUCACUGAGAUCUGGUCUGCAUUACUGAGUACCCACAAUCCCUGAAAAAAUGGACGCUUUAAAAUCCAGCCUUGCUGAUGUGAUGGUCUCCGCUCUCUUCAGUGUUAUUUCUGAUCGAUUGUCCGCUUCGGAGUUUCUCAACUUUGCCCGCGAAGAGCAGUUUUUGUCCCAACUCAACAUGUGGGAGAACCUUCUGCCCAAAAUCAAUGCCCUGCUCCAGGACGCACAACAAAGCCACACCGUCAGUUUUGCCCUCGAACUCUGGCUCUCCCGUUUAAGAGACCUUGCUUACGAUGCUGAAGACAUUAUUGAUGAAAUUAACACCGAGGUCCAGCGCCGGAGAACACUAGGACACACCCAAUCUGGCACCACCAGCAAGGUACGAUUGUUCUUUCUACCAUGUUGUGCUGGUUUCAAUUCAAGUGGCAUUAACUUUAGCAGGCGGCUGGGGGCAGAGAUAGAAGGUAUCACUGCUAGAUUUCAACAGAUGCUUGAGCAAAGGAAUAUUUUGAAUUUGGUGGAGAGAGGUGGCCAAGGGAGAUUGAAGACAAAAAAGGAGAGGCUGCGCUCUACUUCUUCUCUUGUUGAUGAAUCUCGGGUUUUUGGCAGGGAACAGGAUAAACAAGCCAUUCUUGAACGGUUAAUGGAUGGUGAAACUGGUGUGAUUUCAAUCAUCGGAAUGGGUGGUGUGGGCAAAACCACGCUUGCUCAGUUAGUUUACAAUGAUGAUAAAAUUGAAAACUUUUUUGAGUUGAAAGUUUGGGCUUGUGUCUCUAGGGAAUUUGAUGUCAUUAGAGUGACUAGGACUCUGCUGCAGGCUGUUUAUUUGGAGAUUCUGCUGCAGGCUGCUAAAUCGGAGAGUCCGCUGCAGGAUGUUACUUCGGAGAUUCCGCUGCAGGAUGUUACUUCGGAGAGUCUGCUGCAGGAUGUUAAUUUGGAGAGUCAGCUGCGGCGUUUUACUUCGGAGAGUCUGCUGCGGGGUGUUACUUUGGAGAGUCUCAAUUCCAUGGACUUCAAUUCGCUUCAAGUGAAACUAAAGGGGAUGCUUUCUGGAAAGAAGUUUUUGAUUGUUUUGGAUGAUGUUUGGAACGAGGACUAUGAGCAAUGGGAGGUUCUGCGAGCACCCUUCAUGGCAGGAGAACCUGGGAGUAAAGUACUUGUAACCACUCAAAAUGAAAGGGUUGCAUCCAUCAUGACCACAUAUCCGGUAUACCCUCUGCCGGUGUUGUCCAACGAUGCUUGCUUGUUGUUGUUUGUCACACAUGCCCUUGGUGCUAGUAAUUUUGAUGAACACCCGAAUCUAAAAGAGAUUGGUGAAGAACUAGUGUGCAAGUGCAAAGGCUUACCACUGGCAGCCAAGACUUUGGGUGGGCUUCUGCGUGGUAGAGUAAAUUCUGAUGAGUGGGAAGAUUUGUUGAGGAGCGAGAUGUGGGACAUACCAGAAGAAAGGAGUGGCAUCCUUCCUGCUCUGAUGUUGAGCUUCCAUUAUCUUCCUUCCCAUUUGAAACGAUGCUUUGCCUAUUGCGCUAUAUUUCCGAAGGGCUAUGAAUUUGACAAGAAUGACUUGGUUCUACUAUGGAUUGCUUUGGGGUUAAUACAACAAGCAAAGGGAGAAAAACAAAUGCAAGACGUAGGUCUUACAUAUUUUCAUGAUUUAGUUUCAAUGUCUUUUUUCCAACACUCAAGUAGGAACAAAAAACUAUUUGUUAUGCAUGACCUUAUAAAUGAUCUAGCUCAAUCUUUUGCUAGAGAAAUAUGCUCUCAUUUGGGGGAUUGGUUUGAAGACAUGCCACAUAAAUAUAUUGCAAAGCUUCGUCAUUUGUCAUUCACUCCCCACCAGUAUGAGAUUUCCAAAAUAUUUGAAGCAUUAGAUCCUGUGCAGUGUUCACGGACUUUUGUAGCUUUACGAAUGGAUACAUCAGCUCGGGCACCACGCUAUUACAUAAGUAACGAUAUGUUACAGGGGUUGCUGGCAAAAUUCAGAUGCUUAAGGGUGCUAUGUUUGAGUGAAUACUGCAUAGAUGAAAUACCAUAUUCUAUUGGUGAUCUGAAGCAUUUGAGGUACCUUAAUUUGUCUCACAGUACAAUUAAACAGUUACCAGAAUCUGUGGGCAAUCUAUUCAACUUACAAACACUUUUAUUGCGAGGCUGCGGGAAGCUUACUAAGCUGCCACAAGGUAUUGAAAAUCUAAUUAACCUUCUUUUCCUUGAUCUUACUGAUACUGAGAAAUUAGUGGAGAUGCCAUUGCGAAUAGGCAAGUUGAUAAAUCUUCAAAUUUUGUCCAAAUUCAGUGUUGCAAAGGACAGUCAGUUUGGCAUUAGAGAAUUGAAGGACUUGUUACAUUUAAAAGGGGAGCUUUCCAUCACUGGGUUGGAAAAUGUGGUGCAUGUUGGAGAUGCGGAUGCUAAUCUAAUGGACAAGCAUGGUAUUGAUGGCUUACAUUUGAAAUGGGGUACUGAGUUCCUUGAUCACCAAAAGGAAGAAGAUGAAAUGCUUGUUCUUGACAUGCUAAAACCUAGUAAGAAUCUGAAAGAACUUACAAUUUCAUUUUAUGGUGGUACAAGAUUUCCUUCUUGGUUAGGAGAUCCCUCAUUCGCUAAUAUUGUGCACAUGAACCUUAAUGACUGCAGUAAAAGUAUGUCACUUCCAUCACUUGGGAGACUGCCAUCAUUGAGGAAGUUGUCCAUCCAAGGAAUGAAUAGAGUUAAGAAGGUGGGUCUUGAGUUUUAUGGUGAUGAUUUGCCUUCUACUAAGAGGUUUCCGUCCUUGGAAAUUCUGUGGUUUCAGAAUAUGGUAGAAUGGGAACAUUGGUCUUAUACUCAUAAAGGUGAUGAAGAUUUAGAUGAUGAAUUUCCUUCUCUUCGUGAGCUCAUGAUAAAAAAUUGUCCAAAGCUAACUGGGGACUUACCAAGACAUCUUCCUUCCCUUGUGAAGCUUAUCAUCAGUCAUUGCCCAAAGUUGGAGGGUUCACCUAUGAGCCUCCCCUCCCUUUGUGAAUUAAAUAUUGAAGGCUGGAACAAGGAGCAACUGAAAAAUAUUGUUGACGUUACUUCCUUAACAACACUGAGAAUCCAAAGUUUUAGGGAUCUUGUAUGUCUGUCGCAAGAGAUGCUACAGUCUCUAGGUGCACUUCAAACCCUUGAUGUAUCCAAUUGCACUGAAAAAUAAAUGCAAGAUGUAGGUCUUACAUAUUUUCAUGAUUGAGUUUCAAUGUCCUCUUUUCCAACAGUCAAAUAGAAACAAAACACUAUUUGUUAUGCAUGACCUUAUAAAUUAUUUAGCUCAAU